AUGACUGACCACAUAGCGGCUGAGUACUACAGCGCCGGCGGCAAUAGGAACAGUGCAGCAGCCGACUGGUCAGCGACUUCAGGCAUCAUUGCCUUUGGCGCCAACCAAAAUGUUGGUCUAUGGUCCCCAACAGACAAAGCCAUUCUAGGCGUGUCUGCACUGCUUGGGAGCCACUCCGACACAGUCACUUCUGUGAGGUUCUUACCGUUGCUAUCUGAUUCUUCGCCUGAAUUACUUGUGACAGGCUCUGCAGACGGCCAACUGAUUGUAUGGAAGGCAAGUCUGCAAGGAAUCCCAUUCCAGCCAGCUCAUAAGGAAAUUGCACAUGUGGGCACCGUCAAUGUUAUCGCAGCUCUAGGACGGGGCAACAUCUUUGCCACAGGUGGGGCAGACGGUAAAGUGAAGUUAUGGCGGGUUGGUCAAGAUAACGUGGAAGCCCUUACAGAGAUCCCAUUGAAGCCAAGGCUGAUUCCAUUGGCUUUGGCACUUGGCGGAUUUGCAACAACCUCAUCUCCCGACUGUGCCUUUCUCAUAGCAGGAGGCACCCGCAAUGAUGUCCAGGUAUUCUCGAUAGAGGGUUUAAGUUCGAAACCCCAGGUCGCGCCAAAUGCGAUUUUAACCGGGCAUGAGGCUUGGAUCAGAUCACUUGCGUUGACACCGACCUCAAAUGGUGGAUAUCUACUGGCCUCUGCAAGUCAGGACAAGUAUGUACGCAUUUGGCGUAUACAGCCGGAAGAUCAACAACUAGCUACACCAAAUACAAAUGGAACAACUCGUCAAAUACCUGACACGAUUACACUGACUGCGAAGGUUCAAAGUGUUUCUGCUGGCGACUUCACAUACAUUAUUUCAUUCGAGGCUCUUCUACUCGGACACGAAGAUUGGAUCUAUUCAUCAUCCUGGAAACAGAAUACACUAGUACCGCAGCUUCUCACUGCCUCGGCCGAUGGGUCACUUUCAAUCUGGGAGCCUGAGGAGUCCUCCGGAGUGUGGGUCAGUAUUUCAAGGCUCGGGGAGAUCAGCAGUCAAAAAGGUGCCACAACGGCAACAGGCUCCUCUGGUGGCUUUUGGAAUGGCCUUUGGUCUCCAGAUGGUCACAUGGUGAUUUCUCUUGGCAGAACUGGCAGCUGGAGGCUUUGGCAGUACACACCCGAGACACAAUUUUGGCAUCAAAAGCCUGCAAUCAGUGGGCACGUAGGUUCUGUCGAUGGGAUGUGUUGGGCACCUGAUGGUAGCUAUCUCAUUUCGACGAGCUCUGACCAAACGACCAGGCUGCAUGCAGAGUGGAAAAUGAAUGGAAGAGUCACAUGGCACGAAUUUUCACGUCCUCAAAUUCAUGGCUACGAUCUCAAUUGCAUUGCAAGCACUACUCCUCAUCAAUUUGUCUCGGGUGCAGAUGAGAAGCUCUUGCGAGUUUUCAACGAGCCCAAGGAAGUUGCUGUGAUGCUCAACAAUCUGUGUCGGAUAGCAAUGCCACCAGAAAGUACUGAGUUACCAGAAACGGCCGCUAUCCCAGUGUUAGGUCUUUCAAACAAAGCCAUUGGGGAGAACGAAGACAUCCACGAAGGACCGAAUGAUGAUGACCAAGAGGCGAAUAUCCAAUCGAGCAGCCCUGCACACGCUCUGACUCUGUUAGAAGAGCCCCCAAAUGAAGACUUGCUCUCGCGGCAUACACUAUGGCCAGAGCAUGAAAAGCUGUACGGUCAUGGUUAUGAGAUUUCUGAAGUUGACUCCUCUCCUUCAGGCGCAAUUCUGGCGACGGCGUGUAAAGCAAGCUCAAUCGACCACGCUGUCAUUCGUCUCUACGAUGGAGCAACUUGGAAUGAGAUCAAGCCUCCCCUCACCGCCCAUUCAUUAACUGUCACGCGACUUGUAUUUUCUCCUCAAGAAUACAAAUACCUUCUGAGCGUCGGUCGAGACCGGCAGUGGACCGUAUUCAAACAGCAAGGUUCUGAUUCCAAGUCGUGGUCGCUAGUUGCGUCCAAUUCUAAGGCGCAUACUCGCAUGAUCUUGGACUGCACGUGGCUGCCAGGUGCUGGAGAUGCAUCAUUUGUGACUGCAGGACGAGACAAGGUCAUGAGGGUGUGGAGCACAGAUGGCUCUUCCACAGCUCCAGACUUUACAUGCACACUGGAUAUCAAGAGAAAGUCCGCAAUCACGGCACUUGCUGCUGUAUCCCAUCAAUCUUGGUCUCUUCUCGCAUCCGGUGAGGAGGAUGGUACUAUUGCUGUCCAUGUACUUAACCUCACUGACGGCAACAAAGUUGAGCGGAGCGUCACCGUCGACACCCACUUGUGCCCAACCAAAUCAAUCACCCGCCUGGCAUGGCGUCCUCGAUUCAUGGAUGGAACGUCACAACAACUAGCUGUCGCAUCGGCUGACUCCUCGGUGCGAAUAUUGAGGUUCGACUGGGAACGGAUCUUGGCUUAA